UUCAUUUUUCUUCCUUUUCUCUUCACGUUGAAAAGAAAAAGAGAAAAGAUGAAUCAUGCAAGAAGUUCUAACUAAAAAGAGAUUCAAUUGCUUUAAAUAGUCUUAAGAACGGACUGUGGAUAUCUGCCUGUGAAUUUUUCUCAUAUCAAUUAAAACAAAAGAUGAAAGUUCAGUGUUUUUCGACAGGGCGUCGGCAUUUCCGUUGCUGUUGUAACUUCAUUUAAUAGCAUAUUCGAUUUACCGACUCGACUCCGAGUCAAUGGAAAGGAAACAAAAAUUUCAAGUUAGCUAACCAUAUGUUUAUAUACAAGUUAAUUCCAUAUAUACUCAAUAGUGAAGAUCUGAGUCCAAAAAAAAGUGUCUCACAACACUUCAAUCUCUUAUAGUGAAAUUGUCACAAAUCCACAUUAAGUAUGGGAAGAACCUAUAGCCAGGGUAGAUAUUUAACUCUUUGUACUAAAAGACUUUCUAAAAAGAAAACAUAUGUUUUAAGGCGACGACGUAAAAGAGAGAUGAUGGAACAAGCAGCCUUGGCAGCCAACUAUAUUGCUAACAAUAUUAUUAAAAGUGAAUCCAUUGAGUCAAUAAACUCAUUCAGGUCACCUGAAGCAAUGGAUUCGAAAGAAAUGAAUACUUUAGAAACGAACCUAGGUACAAAGCUAAUGAAUUCAAAAGAAAUAAAUACUUUAGAAAUGUACUCAGAAACAAGGCCAAUGAAUUCAAAAGUAAUGAAUACUUUAGAAACGUACCUGGGUACAAAGCUAAAUAAAGAUAUAUAUGAAAAUGUCCGAAUUUGUGAAGAAGACGACAUUCCAGGUAUAAAUCAUAUCCAAGAGCAUGAGCCUGAAGGUGAUCGCAUUAUCAAUAUUUCUUUCUUUAUGAAAGAAAUGCAUCGGGUAUUUGAUGGUCAUGCACCAGGAUUUGAGUGCAAAUUUAAAGAUUGGAUACUUAUAAAUUCGCGUCGCCGAGGAUUAUUGACACAGUUCUUUUAUAAGUGUCAAACCUGCAAUUAUGAAGCAAAUUUUUGGUCGCACCCCACAGACAAAAAAGUCUUUCUCAUUAGUACGGCUAUUACAGCUUCCAAUCAAAAUUCAAAGAUUGGAAUUAAUGCCGAAUUGAAAGAGCAGUUUGCAGCUGUAAAUCUACCGUGUUUGAAUGGGAAAAUAGAUAUCAGAUAAGAUAUUUAUUAAUCGAUGAUCUCGAGAUGACGAACAUUAAAAAUAUGAAACUAACAGGAAAUUAAAAAGCAAUUCAAUCAGAGAGAAAUGAAGUAGUUAGUGGCAUUUUGUAUUAUUGCGUCCGCAUGAUAUUGAUAUGACUAUUAAAUUUGAGCUGUUCUGAAUGAAGUCGCGAAAUAUCCUUCGGACGAGUCAUUCUUUUUAAGAAUAAGUGCCAUGGUUACUGGCUGGAACUUUGAUUUGACAUAUGUAUGCUUCUUUGUAUUUGUUUAUACGUUCUUUGUUGCUUCCUCUACUAAAUGUAUCUUUUUUUUUUUUAGCGAAUUUAUCUCCAUGUGCCUGGUUUCGAAUACUCGCGAUCAUUUACACGGGCUAUAAUCUAUGUAAUAUAAACUUAUGCUAUAAUUCUGUAAGAAUUGACCAAUUAUAGUCAAUUAUUUCCCUCUUAUUCAACUAUGAUCAAGUCUUACAGAUUAUGGUCAAUAUAAAUGAUCCUAAACUCACUGAAAUAUAAUAUUGAA